GUGAACCGAGAAACGAGAAUUUAAUUUACAGUUAUAUUUUGUUGACGCACAAUUUUCUUGAUUCCUUCAUUUAUCAAGGAUGUGUAAUUUUUGGAAGCUUGUCUGAUCCAGUUGACCUAGAAUGAAAGAAAUUAAAAUUUUUAACUUAUAAUUUUACUUGAAAUGCUGCAUUUUUUAAGUGUAUAUCUUCGUAUAGAUGAAAUUUAAAAAACUGGAAAAUAUAGAGUGCAAUAUGACAGUCAAAGCUGAAAAAGAAAUUAAAAAUUCAGGAGACAAACAAAUGGCAUAUAAAAACGAGGAGAAGGAUACAGAAAACUUAAAUUGGUGGUUAUUUUUUAUUGUUAUUGUCAUCCUGACUGCUGGUACCAGGUUUUACAAAGUGGCAGAACCACAACAUGUGUGUUGGGAUGAAACUCAUUUCGGCAAAAUGGGUAGUUGGUACAUUAACAGAACAUUUUUCUUUGAUGUUCAUCCCCCUCUUGGCAAGAUGCUGAUAGCUCUUUCUGGUUAUUUGACCGGAUAUGAUGGUAAAUUUCCUUUUGAAAAACCUGGCGAUAAAUACGAAAACGUAAACUACGUUGGAAUGAGAGUGUUUUGCACAUUUUUGGGAGCAACGAUAGUUCCUCUUUCAUUCCUGACAGUUUGGGAUCUGACAAAAUCUUUACGAGCUGCUACAGUUUCUGGUCUACUCGUUCUAUGUGAUAUUGGCCUAUUGACGCUGAAUCAGUACAUUCUUUUGGAUCCAAUUCUUUUAUGCUUUAUGAUGUGUGCAACAUGGGGAAUGGCACGUGUACAUUCAUUGCAAAAUCGACCAUUUACCGUUUCCUGGUGGGGUUGGCUCGCAUUUACUGGAAUUUCCCUUGCUUGCACCAUAAGUGUCAAAUUCGUUGGACUCUUUGUCGUUCUUCUCGUAGGACUUUACACCAUCCACGAACUUUGGCGAGAACUAGGAAAUUUAAAUGAACCCAUAACGAAUGUCGGAAAACAUUUAUUGGCGAGAUGUGUUUGUUUAAUUGUAUUCCCAAUUUUACUCUACAUGGCCUUUUUCUACGUCCAUUUAAAUAUUCUUAACAAAAGUGGAAGCGGAGAUGGAUUUUAUAGUUCGGAAUUUCAGUCACUUCUGCAAGGAAAUUCUCUGCAUAAUGCGACAAUGCCUCGACAAUUGGCUUAUGGGGCUUCAAUUACUUUGAAAAAUCACAGAACUGGAGGUGGAUAUUUGCACUCUCAUUGGCAUAUUUAUCCAGAAGGAAUUGGUGCUCGACAGCAACAGAUCACGACAUACUCGCACAAAGAUGACAAUAAUUUAUGGUUAGUAAAAAAAUACGAUACAGAAGAAAUACCAGAGAAACCAGUUUUAGUUAAACAUGGCGAUUUAAUUCGUUUGGAACAUGUUGUCACUCGAAGGAAUUUACAUUCUCACAAGGAAAUUGCUCCGGUUUCUAAAAAACAUUAUCAAGUCACUGGCUAUGGAGAGAAUGGAACAGGAGAUGCAAAUGAUGUCUGGAAGGUUUUGAUCGAUCAUGGAAAGGAAGGAGAUGUCGUUGAAACCGUCUCGAGUAAAUUAAAAUUCGUUCACUAUUUACAUCACUGUGCUUUAACCUGCAGUGGAAAAACUUUACCGAAAUGGGCAUUUAAUCAGCAAGAGGUGUCUUGCAAUCCUAAUAUGAGGGACAAAAAUGCCUUGUGGAAUAUUGAAGAUAAUAAUUACGCCAAGUUGCCGAAUGUGAGUUUCCAAGUUUACGCGCCAGGAUUUUUGAAAAGAUUUAUAGAAUCGCAUGCUGUAAUGUUGCAAGGAAAUUCUGAUUUGAAAGUCAAAGAAGGAGAAAUUUCUUCGAAGCCUUGGCACUGGCCUAUUAAUUAUAGAGGUCAAUUUUUUUCUGGAAACGAGCAGAAGAUUUAUUUGCUCGGAAACCCGAUAAUUUGGUGGGGAAAUCUGCUGUUUCUUGCCAUUUUUAUUUUUCUUCUUAUACACGCCGCUGUGAGAGAACAACGCGGGCUUGUAGAAACUACGGCUGGUGUGGAGCAAAGAAGAAAAAUUAUGAAUGCGGGAGGCUGGCUUUUUAUUGGAUGGCUACUUCAUUAUGUUCCUUUCUGGGCUAUGACUCGGAUUUUAUAUUUUCAUCACUACUUCCCAGCAUUACUUUUUAAUUCUAUGCUGACUGCUAUAACUUUGGAUCAUAUUGCAGAGAGCAUUUUGAUUUUCUUUCCGAAUAGGAUAGGAAAAACGGUUUAUCAUAUAUUGGCGGCUUUUUUUAUAUCAACUGUUGUGUAUAGCUUCUACCUAUUUUCGCCAUUAGCUUAUGGGAUGGAAGGACCUUCUGCAGCUGAUGCUAAAAUUUCGAUGCAUUCGCUGCGUUGGAUGGACACUUGGGAAUUUUAAAGAAAAUAAUUCUAGAAUUUAUUUUUUAGAAUCUUGAAUUUGAUAUACGUACGUACUUAAUUAUUAUUUGUGCAUUGAAUUCGGAAAGAUUCGGUAUUUAUUGUAUUUAUUGUGAAUUACGUAUUCACGCUGAAUUUUGUGUACUGACUGUUAUGGCUCUACGAGGAAUUUUUAUGUUUUUUUACGGAUUUAUA